AUGACUGACGUACUCACCAGUGUUCACAACUCUGAUAAAGUUUCCGCCCUCAUCAAGGAAGCUGAAUGUCUGAAAACCAAGCUGGAAGAAGAACGCCAGAAGUUGAACGAUGUGGCUCUGUCGUCGGUGGCAGAACGAUUGGAAAUGAUAAGUUAUUUGAACAUUAAACCACGUCGUGUUCUUAAAGGGCACCAGGCAAAGGUACUGUGUUCAGAUUGGUCUCCCGACAAGCGGCACAUCGUUUCCUCAUCCCAGGAUGGAAAGUUAAUCAUUUGGGAUGCUUUUACUACCAACAAAGAGCAUGCAGUUACCAUGCCUACCACAUGGGUCAUGGGAUGUUCAUACGCACCUUCUGGAAAUCUUGUUGCUUGCGGUGGACUAGACAAUAAGGUGACGGUUUACCCAAUUGCACUCGAAGAAGACAUUUCAUCCAGGAAGAAAACGGUGGGAACGCACACGAGUUACAUGUCCUGCUGCAUUUUUCCCAAUUCAGAUCAACAAAUUUUAACUGGUAGUGGAGAUUCUACUUGUGCUUUAUGGGACGUAGAAUCUGGACAGCUGUUGCAAAGCUUUCACGGCCACACAGGCGACGUAAUGUCUAUCGAUUUGGCUCCCAAUGAAACAGGCAACACCUUUGUAUCUGGCAGCUGUGAUAAGAUGGCAUUUAUAUGGGAUAUGCGAUCAGGCCAUGUAGUGCAAUCAUUUGAAGGGCACCAGUCGGACGUGAACAGCGUGAAAUUUCAUCCCAGUGGCGAUGCAAUCAGUACUGGAUCCGACGAUAGUACAUGCCGUCUGUUUGAUAUGCGAGCCGACAAAGAAGUCGCUGUUUUCAGCAAAGACAGUAUAAUUUUUGGAGUAAAUUGUGUCGAUUUUUCCGUGAGCGGUCGUCUCUUAUUUGCCGGAUAUAAUGAUUACACCGUUAAUGUUUGGGAUACGCUUAAAGCACAGCGUGUAUGUCUUCUGUAUGGACACGAGAACAAAGUUUCUUGUCUCCAGGUAUCUCCAGACGGUACUGCAUUGUCCACUGGCAGUUGGGACUACACACUGAGAAUUUGGGCUUAA